CAACUGCACAGCUGAUCACCUGUGCAAAAAACAGGACCUUGUCUAAACAUUUGUUUACCAAUAACGCCGACAAUGGGGGCUUUGCUGUCUACCAGGCAGCGUGACGGCGUGGAAGAAGUCGACGUCAACACGAGUCACGCGUACAAAUACCCCCCUAGAUCAGGAAAUUAUUUCGGAAGUCACUUUAUCAUGGGCGGCGAGAGAUUCGACACCCCACAGCCCGAGUCGUAUUUGUUUGGAGAGAAUUCCGAUUUAAACUUUCUCGGUAGCCGCCCAACACCAUUCCCGUAUCCGCCGCCUCAGCCCAGCGAGCCGACGAAAACGCUAAAGUGUUUGGUAAAUAUUCGCAAAGAAUCGCUCAGAUUCGUGAGGGUUUCUAGUGAAUAUAACAAAAUAAGCAAUGAGAAAUCAGACAAUAGGAGUUUGGAAUUGGGAACCAACACUUGCUUUAAUGUAGAGUUUACCUUCGACUGCGAUGUAAGAUGCGCAAUCACUAUUUACUAUUUCUGUACAGAAGAAAUAUCUGCCUCUGGUGUGAGUUAUGUUCCUCGCGAUCCGCUGUUGUCUUCCGAAACGUUCCACUAUAAGCGGGGCGCCAAUCAACAGUUCUGCCAACCGACUCACGUUUUCAACCCGGCCAAGUUUAGCGAAGACGAAUUGCUGUUUGAUAUCGACAAUGACGUUAUUCCAAUCGUCAUACAUUGCGUUGCCCAAGAAGGACCCGAAGAUAUGAGGCAGUCACACGCGACCAUAGCCACUGUCGAAAAGAUAACCGACGGUACUUACGUUCUCAAGGCAUUGAAACAGAAGCUCUUCGUCGACGGACUGUGUUACUUGUUGCAGGAAAUAUACGGAAUCGAAAAUAAAAAUAGCGAAAAGGCUAGCGGCGAUGACGAGAUAGAGGACAACGGAUCCGAAUGCGUCAUAUGUAUGUGUGACGUCAGAGACACGUUAAUCCUGCCGUGCAGGCACCUGUGCUUGUGCAACUCCUGCGCAGAUUCGUUGCGCUACCAGGCGAACAAUUGCCCCAUAUGCAGGGCGCCUUUCCGUGCUCUCUUGCAGAUCAGGGCAUUGCAGAAAUGUUCUAAUCCCAGUUUGGCACCAAUUAAUCCACCUGACGGUAGUUGCGACAACAUUCCGCCAGGGUACGAGGCCGUUUCGCUAAUAGAAGCUCUGAACGGUCCAUGUCUUCCUAGGCAGCCUCCAUCCGCGAUGCCAGAUUUGGUGGAGACCCCCGAGAACGAGCACGCGAUCCAAGCCGCCCACGUGUUGAACAGGCAGAGCGACAGGACUUCGCCCCCGUCCAAGAGGGGAUCCGAGCCGGUCACGCCCAUAUACAGUAAAACCGUUCUGAUGUCCAGUCAAACUGACGACGAAAAUAAAGUAACACAAAAGUGUCCGCUCCUUCGGGACGGCAAGGAAGUGAUAAUAAGGUCGAAGCAUCGGUCCAGGGACUCUGUGAAGAUGGUGAAUGAAACGGAAAAGGAAGAGAUUCUAGACGAUGAUAGCGAAGCCGAAAAAUUGUCACCGCUGUUGCAAAAAAACGACAGGUCCAAUAAUCUGGCACUUCGAAUGGCCGACGUCGUAGAUCACAUCGAUCACGAUCCCGAAAAUGAUUUGGAGGAGACAGCGUGCGCGCCGUCUGAAAAGUCCGGAAAAUAUGAACGCGGAGAUGAGUCGGACUAUUACACACCUGACGAGCCGACGUCUGCGGUUUUGUACGAAUCGAACGGGUGCGUGGGCAACAAUUCGAGUUCGUCGGUGGAAAGUACUCCGCAGAGGUUGCCGGGCACGCCCAUGUCGCACGCGAGCGUCAAAAGUAGCGCCGAUAGCUACACCAGCGGCUCAAGCACCAAGCAUUUGCUGGUGGUCGCUUCCGGAGGAAACGGUGACAGGUCCGUACACAUCUAAGGACGACGACCACGACUAAUACCUUAUACUGGUGAUGACGUGGCAUCGGCCAUUUUGAUUUUUAACUCUCAAUGUUAGGGAGCCAAACUAAACGAAGUUUUUAGCGUUGUCUGACUUUGUGUGCGCUUUCUAAUCGUUUAUCAAUAAGUAAGUAUCAAAAUUGGAAAUGAAACAACCAAAAUUACGAAAGCGAAAAUAUAAUCUAUCAUCUUUAAAAAAUUUGCUUGUUUCCAUCAGACUAAACUUGAAAUGUGGGAUACCAAUAUUCGGGCACUUACAAAUAAUCAGGUUUGAUAAUUAGUUUUCUCAAAACUUAUCGGGGCUAUUAAUUUUUUUAGGUUAUAUGUGAAUUUUCAUUAAAAUACUCUUAACUUGUAUUUCUAGCAAUCAUUGACGAAUAUAAGAAAUAAUUAAUUAAAUAUCACACAAAAACAACCCUAUAAACUUGUGUUUUUUUGGAUGUCAAACUUCGAUAUAAGUGACGUCACUGUAAUAUAGAUAUCCUGACAAACGUAUCAGUUAUAUGGUUAAGGGUCAGACGGGUAAAAAGGAAAUUUACAUUUUUAGGUAUUUACGUUCGCGCGGUCGAAUCUCGAAUAUGGCGUUUCUUUUUUUGUUUACUCAUACCUCCAGUAAUCUCGAAACGCGCGUGCGUUCAUUUGAACUACCGGACCCGUGCGGAAUCUCGAUUCGAUUCCCGUAUUUUUAAUCUGUGAUUUUAGCAUCUCUAAAUUAACCCCAGUUAUCUUAAAUUAAUUUUUUUGUCGGAAAAAUGAUCGGAGGUGAUUCUAGGUCGAUUUUUUUAAAAUUUCGGUAUCUAGAUUUGCAUUUUUUAAAUAUUUGUUUAAUAAGGGUUUUUUUCAAUGCUUCGACGAUACUCAAAAAGUUUCUCUCUUUUUAUGCUCACUGAAUAGUUUUUUUCACCCUUCUAGGGAGGUGAAAUUGUUUUUUAUUUUCAUACGUUUUAAUACUGCGUUAAUUUCCAUUUAAAAAAGAUAUAAAAAUAGUUUUUUAAGUAUAGUACUCCUAUGUAAUUUGUUCACAGAAAAUAUUGUUCUUUAAUUCAUUCAUACUAUAGAUUUUGUUGUAACAGAAUA